AUGUCGGGAGAGAAGAAUAGCGAUAUUUCGAACGCCAUUCAGGCCUCAUCGAGCGAGGGUAACCAUGAACAGGCGACGGAUUUACCCCACAGGACGUCCCAGCAACCUAAGGUCAUUGACCAAAAGGACACCGAUGAUACAACAUACUUCUACAACACGAACAAGGACCAUGUCCGGCCUUUGACACCCGAGCUUGAAGGCAAGCUGAUUCGCAAGAACUUCUGGUAUCUCCUAAUCCAAACAUGGUGGAUUUCAUUCCUCAUACAUUUGGAUAAAUCGACCCUUUCAUCCGCCAGUACAAUGGGUAUUUUUAACGACGUCAAAAUGACCAAGAACGAGUAUAAUCAGCUUUUUAUGUUGUUUUAUGCCGGAUAUCUUAUUGCACUUUGGCCUGGUGCUUGGAUAUCACAGCGAGUGGGCCAUAAAUACUUCAUCACUGGAUCUCUCUUUCUCUGGGCUCUGCUAUUGGGUGUCCAUCCAGCUGUCAAGACGGGGAAGCAAAUGAUGGCAGUGCGAUUUCUUUUGGGGAUGACCGAAUCACAGAUUGUGCCUUCUACCGCCGUUCUCCACCAAGCAUUCUUCCCACCGAAAAAGAGUCCGUGGGUGCAGCUAUUAUGGUGGGCCUUUGGGAGUCUCGCCAAUGUUAUGUUGACCAUGAUAUCUUAUAAGCUCAUAGUUGAUGACGGCAAUGGAUCGCUAGCUGGCAGCAUUUCCUCUUGGAAGUGGCUUCACAUCGUCUGUGCUGUCCUUACAUUUGCGAUAUUUGUGCCAUUGUUGAUAUUCCUUCCGAAUUCCCCGCUCGAUGCGAAGUGGCUUUCAGUCGAAGAGAAGGUCCAUACUAUCGAGAUUAUUCGUGAGACGCAUGCCGGUGUGUCCAAUUCGACAUUCAGAUGGUCUCAAGUUCGCGAGUCUUUCGCUGAUUUCAAGAGUUGGCUUUUUAUCUUCCAUAUGUUCUUCAAUGAGCUUCCGAAUAAUACUUCACAGCAACUACCCUUGAUCAUCGUUGGAUUUGGCUUCACACCGGCAGAAAGCGCGCUAUUCAAUAUUAUCAAGCCCAUUUGGGGAUUAAUUUUGAUUCUCGCAUCGGCUGCACUGCUGUAUGGUACGCGAUUGGGAACCGGAUACACCUGCGCAAUAUCUUACAUACCAUGCUUCAUCGGCGGAAUAAUCGAGCUCGCUGCCCCAUGGUCAAAUAAGGUCGCCCUAGUUGUGGGAACCCAGAUUUCAACAUUUAAGCCAUCUUAUUUGCUGGGGCUGAACUGGGCGGGAACUACAACGACAGGGCACACCAAGAAGCUCACUUUAAUGACAUCUUGCAUAGUUGCUGCGUCCGUCGCCAACAUGAUAUCUCCAGAAUUCUGGGAAUCGAAAUACGAACCUCGAUAUGUCCUACCGUGGGCCUUCAUGACCGCAUUUUGGCUUAUAUCCCCCGCUAUGUGUAUCGUCAUUCGCUUCUACCUUCAGCGCGAAAACAAUCGGCGACAGCAACUUCUUUUCGAAAACGACUCUGAAUCGGACAAGGAUGAAGUUAUUGAAACGAGGAACCAGAUUGUCAAAAUUAGUGAUCGUGACCUGGACCGCACGGACAGACAGAACCUGAAAUUCAUUUACCCCCUUUAG